AUGAAACAGUGGGAGCCGGAGCAGAGUAUGGCAAAUACCUUUGUAACUGUAUCUGAUGGGUACUGUCUUGCUGAACCGAUUCAAUAUUAUGAUGUUUUGCCAGACCACAUCAAUUAUCAGCUACAAGAUUCAGACUUUCAGGCUACUCCUUACUGCCAGUAUUCAACUGUUCAGUUUCCUCCAAUGUUACAGUCACAACCUUCCCAGUCACAAUACAACACAUACAGCCUGGAUUCUCAGUACAGUGAUGGGGAGUACAUAAUCAGUAAUUGUGAAUUAAACAAGCCCCCCUGCAUGGUUGCCCAUAAUGAUGAUGAUGGAUAUCAUGGACUAAAAAGGCCAAGACUAAGUCAUUCCUCCUUGCGAAUGAAGGGUCAGGAAGAGCUCUGUGUUGUAUGUGGGGACAAAGCCUCAGGAUACCACUACAAUGCGCUCACUUGUGAAGGCUGUAAAGGAUUCUUUCGACGUAGUAUUACCAAAAAUGCAAUAUAUAGAUGCAAGAAUGGUGGCCACUGUGAAAUGGACAUGUACAUGCGGAGGAAGUGUCAGGAGUGUCGCCUGAAGAAGUGUAAGGCUGUGGGAAUGUUGGCAGAGUGUUUGCUGACUGAAGUCCAGUGUAAAUCAAAACGACUCCGAAAGAAUUUCAAGCAGAAGAGCAGUUUCCUUUGUAGCAUCAAGGUGGAAGAUGAGGGAGUAAACAGCAAGCAUGUUUCAUCCACAACUAGACCUGGAAAAAUGCAAGAGAGGAUGGAACUAACUCCAGUGGAACAUCAACUUAUUGAUCACAUUGUGGCAGCCCAUCAAAAAUAUACAAUUCCCCUAGAGGAAGCAAAGAAGUUUCUGCAGGAAACUGCAAACCCUGAAGAGAGUUUUCUGCGGCUCUCAGAGACAGCAGUUGUUCAUGUGCAAGUACUAGUGGAUUUCACAAAGAGACUACCAGGAUUUGAAAGUUUAGCCAAUGAUGACCAGAUUGCACUGUUAAAAGGUUCAACGGUGGAAGCAAUGUUUUUGCGUUCGGCCCAGAUCUAUAAUCAAAGAGCUAAUGAAUGCCAGUCAUCAGUGAGUGAAAGUCAUGUAAGGUUUUCUGAUCAUGCUGUGUAUUGUCAUGUUCAAGACAUUGAUAAAAACUCUAUUUAUUCCAUGGAAAUAUCUCACAGUGAAGAGAGUCCAACUUCCACAACUACCACAGGUGUCACUGAGGAGUUUAUCACUGCGCUAUUUUACUUCUACAGAAGCAUGGGAGAACUUAAUGUGACUGAGACGGAAUAUGCCCUACUUGUAGCAACUAUUGUGUUUUUUUCAGAUCGCCCACUCCUAAAAAACAAACAACAUGUGGAAAAACUCCAAGAACCCCUUUUAGGUAUUUUGUACAAAUAUUCAAAAAUUUAUCAUCCAGAAGAUCCACAGCAUUUUGCACGCCUGAUAGGGAGGCUUACAGAACUCAGGACCCUCAAUCACAACCAUUCAGAAGUGCUAGUAACUUGGAGGACAAAAGACCCCAAACUGACCUCUUUACUCUGUGAAAUUUGGGAUUUGCAUUGAACUAACCUAUGUUACUGUUAUACAAAUGGCUGAUUUUCCUUAAACUUACAGAAAUGCAAACUGUUC